AUGGACUUCUUAAAUAGAUGCCCCAUAAUACAUGCAUUUACCUGGGCAGCCGAUAAGAAUAAUGACAGUUUUUAUUACGUUACACAGACCCCAAAAACAUAUGACGAAGAAAAAUUAUAUAAAAAUGAAUGGAAAGAUGUUAUUCAAUAUCGAGAAUCCGAACGAGGUGAUACAAUUUAUCGUGUUUCAAAUAUUGAAAAUGAAAUAAUUAAAAAAGAAAUCGUCACAACAAUAGCAUCAUAUGGUGUUUCUGAAUUGAUCGCUUCGCCCAACGGCGAACAACUUGCGUUUAUUUCUCAGUCAAGAUCAGGACGAUUCGAAAAAAAUGACGAUUUCGAACUUUAUACUGUAAAUCUUUCGAAUUCUUCGUCUCUACCGUAUCGACUUACGGAUAAUGCAGCGCGUGAAGCACAACUACACUACACAAGUGACAGUAAACAUAUAUUUUUUCUUGUGUAUAGAGGUUCCGGUUCACUUGAUAGCCAACGUGUCAAUUAUCAGACUAGAUUAUAUUCAGUUGAUAGUAAAACAGGUAUUGUUCAACGUUGGGCAAAAUAUUUUCUAGGAAAUAUAAUUGAUUACGCUCUCAGUCAAGAUGUGAUUAUUUUGGGACAAACGGGAACUGAAGUUCAUAUGUAUACACAAAAGUCAUUUGAUGAUCCGUUAAUAGAACAAAAUGGAUUCAACGGAAGUUAUGAAAACAUUGUUACAGCAUCCAAUAGUUCGUCUAUUGCUUUUGUUCAUUCGUCGUUUGAUGAACCAAAAGAAAUUUAUUAUAUUGAAAAUAUUAAUCAACUUCAAUAUGCGCGGGCAAUUACAGAAGAAAAUAAAUUAUUCAAGCAACGGCAAUUACCUAAACAAAAAGUUUAUCGGUGGGUUAAUAAUAAUGACGGAAAACAAAUUGAAGGAAUUUUACAUUAUCCACCAGGCAAAUUUGAACAAAAAAAUCUUCCACUAUUUGUGUUGAUUCAUGGUGGUCCGUUUGAUGCAGACCUAAACAAUUUUCAAGCCGAUUGGUAUUCUUGUAGCCGAAUGAUAGCAACAGAGGACUGGCUAGUUUUAGAACCAAAUUACCGAGGAUCAACUGGUUAUGGUAAUUUAUUCUUAAGUGAAAUUGUAAAUAAUAUGGUGUCAUUACCGGGUACAGAUAUCUUGUAUGGUGUUGAUAGUUUAGUUCGAGACGGUAUUGCUGAUGGAAGGAAACUCGGAGUCGGUGGCUAUAGCUACGGUGGAUAUUUGACGAAUUGGCUAAUUACACAAACAACCCGUUUUAAUGUUGCAUUAACAGGUGCUGGAGCAGUUGAACUGGUGUCAAGUUGGGGGACGACUGAUCAGCAAACAUUUAGUGAUUACCUUAUUAGUGGCAAACCGUGGCAAGCGCCAGACAGAUAUCGUGCCGAAUCAGCAAUCUAUCAAAUGAAUAAAAUUCGCACACCAACUCACAUGGUAACUGGGGAAAACGAUAUUCGUGUCUCUACUAGUCAAAGUAUGAUAAUGGAGCGUGCUCUAUUCAGUCUCAAUGUUCCACACAAAUUAUUAUUAUUUCCGGGUGAGGGACACUUAUUAAGCAAUAAUCCAUGGAACGGAAAAAUAAAAAUUCGGGAAGAACUGAAGUGGUUACAUCAAUAUGGUAAUAAAUCAAUCCUUAAUUGA